GCAAUAAAUUAAUGGAACAUCUACAGCAUUAGUUGUUAAAUGCAAGAAUACAGUGCCAGACUUUACAAAGAAUGAUGGGAAGUUUCUCUUCUUUCUGACCCCCCCAAAGCCGCCUGCUCUGAAAACACCCUCCCCACUAUACUAACACCAGAGACGAAUUCAGAGGAGCACACAGCUUGAUCGCAGACACCCAAAGGAUCCGUACCCAGAAAGAGGCACCAUCAAUUUGAGGACAAAUUUAGUGUGCAAGGGUCAACUUAUUUCAGUGGCAGCUGCUCCGAAACUUGAGUGUCUGCAACAACUGGAAUUUUAAAAUGAGGAGCAGGCGUGCUCAGCAGAAUCUGCCCCCUAAUGAGGCCCCUCUGGUGCUCCUGCUUGUCUUGUUGCUGGGGUUACGAGCCGCCGCUGUGUGCCCCGCUGCCUGCUCUUGCAGCCACAGGAAGGCAGACUGCUCCCGGCGGGGCCUCAGAGAGCUGCCCGACGGCCUCCGGGCCGACCUGCGAGGCCUCAACUUGUCCCACAACCGACUCGACAACCUGGACGGGGUGCUGGCCUCCUACACGCAUCUCCGCGUACUCGAUUUGUCUCGCAACGGCCUGAGCCGCCUGCCGGAGCGCUUGCCUCGGUCCCUCUGGCAGCUGCACGCCGCCUCAAACCGCAUCCGCCUCCUGGACAAGAAUGACACGGUGCACCAGUGGAACCUGAGGGUGCUUGACCUCUCAGACAACAAGCUGGAGAGGACCGUUUUCAUCAACAACACUCUGAUGAAUCUGUGCGUGCUCAACUUGAGUCACAAUCACCUCUGGACUCUGCCCACCAACAUGCCUGCACACCUGGAGAUCGUCGACAUCUCCCAUAAUUGGCUUGUGAAGACGUUGCCAGGUUCACUGGACCGACUUCCCAAAUUGACCUUCUUCUAUCUUCACACAAAUCGCCUCUCCAAUCUCCCCUUCGGAGUGUUGGACAAGAUGACUUCCCUAACAGUGCUCUCCCUGGGCAACAACCCUUGGGCCUGUCACCUUAAAGCGGACAUGAACUAUCUCCUCUCCUGGGUGCAGCGUACACCCGCCCUGAUCCUGGGCUGCCCGUGCCGCACUAACCCCAUCUGUGGAGGAGUGCACUCAGGUCAGGCUGGAGGGUUGACCCUAAACGACAACUUCCACGCACAAGACACCGGCUCAAAUGUCACCACAAUGAAAAUCCCCCCUGCUACUUCCAGUCCAGCUUCACCCCGUGUGUCCCCCCACAGCACAUCAGCCUCAUCCAGUAGAAUAUUCACCACAAACAGACCCAUCAGGACGACAGACCACUUCCCGACAACUGAAAGCAUCUUCAUCCAAACCAAGAAGAUGAGCACAAAAACUGUUGGGAGGCAGAAUGACUCCUCUUCAACACUUACUGACUCUUCUUUAAUCCUUCUCCUGCCCACUAUGGUCUUUCUGUGUCUCACUCUGCCGUGAGACUUCUUCCACAUCAACUACAGCAUUUGACAAAAGUUACAAAAUGUCUCACACCUUGGCUUUUGAAAUAACUACAGACUCUAUCGGUGAUCAUGUUACAGGGGGGCAACAGUUCAGCAACAUCCUUUUAUAACUUUAAUAGCUGCUAGAUGAAUUAAGGACAAUAUUGAUACGUUUUGGUGUCUGCUUGCAUUUUUUUUCAUGAAUAUGAAAAAAAGCUUCUUGCGAUAUGCUUUUUCUUGCGUCUGCAAAAUUCCAGAGCAUCUCCUUUAAGAAAGUGGGUCCCAUUCCACCGCUUCUAAAAUGCACACAAAAAUUGGUACAUGUCUGCUGCAUGUUUCAAAACCUAGCAAAGCGCCGAAGUUCGGAGCAUUAUAACGUGAAUGUGCAGUAAAUUAGACUUAGACUUUGACUUCCUUUUAUUGUCUUUCAAAUUUUAACUUUACAGUACAGAUAAGAACGAUAUUUUGUUGCAUUAGCUCGUUGUAGUGCAGGAUAAAAGAGCAAUAAGGUGCAGAUAUAAAUAAAUAGAUUACUGUACAGAUAAAUAUGUUGCACUUAUUGCAUAUGCAUCUACGUUUAUGGCUGUAUGUUAUAUUGUCUUUAUAUUCCAGCGAGUUAAUCCGUUUUUGGGGGUAAUUGAGGGGAUUAUUAUGAUGCGUUCAAGAGUCUUAUGGCCUGAGGGAAGAAGAUGUUACAGAACCUGGAGGUUCUGCUCCGGAGGCUGCGGAACAUCUUUCUAGAGUCUAGCAGUGAAAACAGUCCUUGCUGGGAGUGGGAGGAGUCUCUGCAGAUUUUCUGAGCCCUGGUCAGGCAGCGGCUUUUUGUGAUUUCCCGGAUAGGGGAAAGGGGAGUCUGAUGAUCUUCUCCGCCGUCCUCACCACUCUCUGCAGAGACUUCCAGUCUGAGGCACUGAAAGAUUUUUUAUUUCAAAUAUAACUUUUACUGAUGUUUUGUUUUCGCCUGAUGAGUGAUUGGAAUAGUGCGAGAUGGUGGUCUGAGGUUCGAACCCCAUUCCCCCGGGUACUUCUCUUCAGCAGGCUCCCCCGGCCUUCCAGGCUGCAGUUCCAGCGCUAAAUGAGUGUCUCCAUGGUGAAAGCCGGGUAGUACACGCAAAAUGCUUCUUUAAAUAAGGCUGUCUGCACCAGUUAUCACUUGUAAUUAGUAGGUCACACGCCUGCAGGCUCACUACAUGUACACGCAAUUUUAAAGUUUGCACAGGCUGUUUAGCGCGUGUUAUUUGGAUCUUAGUAGAUCAGGCCCAUGGCGUACGAAAACCUUUGGCGAAAAAUGAAUCCAAAGGAAAGUGGGGCAUAUAAAAACCGAAGUACCACGGUAUAUCCACUGAAGAGACUAUACUACAGAUAUACAACUGAGACGUACUUUAGAGACAGGGGUGGGUACCUUUUACAUUUGAACUGACACGGUACCUGGGAAUUGAGACUGAUACGCAACGGUACUUAGUUUUGGUACUUUUUUGUGCGUUAAUGAAUGCUAACUUUUUAAUGAUAAAAUGUUUUUUUGUUUUUUUAAUCCAAGUUAGGGUUCACCCGAUACCAAUCUGUUUGCUACAGGUCGCAAAAUGUAUUUAGUUACUUUUCAAAAUGAAGGGGACCACAUGUCAUGAUUGGCUUUAUUUUAACAGAAAAUGUUAUGAUGCAUUAAACAUACAUUUCUUAUUGCAAUCAAAGAACAAUAUUGUCCUUAAAUAAAAUAGUGAACACGCUAGAUAACUUAUCUUUGAGUAGUAAGUAAAGGUUCCUAAUUUGGGUGCUGACGUAUGCAGUAACAUAUUGUGUCUUUAACCAUUCUAUUAUUUUGUCAAAAUUAGGAGGGACGGCUCGGUUGGUAGAGCGACUUUGCCAGGAACUUGAGGGUUCCAGGUUUGAUCCCUGCUUCCGCCAUCCUAGUCACUGCCGUUGUGUCCUUGGGCAAGACACGUUACCCAGCUGCUCCCAGUGCCACCCACACUGGUUUAAAUAUAACUUAGAUAGUGGGUUUCACUAUGUAAAGUGCUUUAAGUCAGUAGAGAAAAGCGCUAUAAAAAUAUAAUUCACUUCACUUCGGUAGAAAAUGGAUUAUUAAUCUACUUUUUAUUUACUGUCAAUAGCUGCUUACUUUCUACAUUUCUGUUAAAAGGUAAAAAAUCACUUAUUCUUCUGUUGUUUGGAUACUUUACAUACGUUUUUGCUGAUACUACAAAUCCAAUACCAAGUAGUUACAGGGUCAUACAUUGGUAAUAGUUCAAGUUCUUCUGUGUCCAAGGACGUUUUUCUAUACUUUUCCCCUUCUGUCUCCACAUAUGUCUGCCAGUGAGUACGCCAUCCGUGCAUUGCCUAACAUGUGCCUCUGCUCGUUUUACCAGAAAUGUUACGUCGUUAGGAGAAAAAAAAAAGUAUCAGUAUUUCUAGAAGCAGUAUAGUACCAUUUUUUAUUUAUUAGUACCUACCGCCCGAAUGCAGCUGAGAUUGGCUCCAGCACCCCCCGUGACCCCAAAAGGGACAAGCGGUAAAAAUGGAUGGACGAAUGGAUAGUACCACAGUACUUUAUUAGUACCGGUAUACUGUACGACUGUACAACUGCCCUCCCCUUCUCCCACCCCUCAUCCCUGAGAUGGACAAUCGGUAGAAAAUGGAUGGAUGAAUAUAUUGUAAUAUAUAGUAGACCAGUGCCGGCCCAAGCCUCCAUGGGGCCCUAAGCAAAAUUUGAUUUUGGGACCCUCUAUUUCUGCCAAUAAUAUUGAUUGUUGAUCAUUCACACACCUACUAUAAACUCAUUGCGGCUCUGGCAGUGUUGUUUGUUGUAUGUUGACCCAAUCCCGCUGUCCCUCAGCUGCCAGUUUUAAGGACUUUUUGGAAAAUAAUUUGCAGCAAAAGCAAUAGACUGCAACUUUACUUCUUGAAUAAGUCAGCCAGCUACGCUUGACUUUUUCCCCAUUGACUAGCUGUCUGUAGGUAUAAUGAUAAUGAAAACUUCGGCCAUCAUGCCGUUUGGGGAAUGAAAAGUUCUCCUUAGUAGACAGUGGUCCUCUGAUCACCUGCUCAGUCCUGUCUGAAUCUGAGAGGAAAGAAGGCCACUCAGCUGGGUCAACUGGCGGAGCUGAUGAUGGUCCAUGGUGUGAAGGGGACGUUGUGGUGGAAGUUGCUGAGGAAGUGACCAAAGAAAGACAAUGACUAAAAAAGAAGGACCUAUAAGGUCAUUAAAUUGCACUGUUGGACAUAAUUAUUAAUCUCAGAAUGUUCUGCAGUACAAUGAGCAAUUAUAAAGGGUGUUUUGCAGUUAACUUACUAGAUAAAUCAGCUGUGGUUUCAGACAUGGAGGGGACAGUGGGCACAGAGGAUGGAGGUGUGUGAGAGAGCACUGUAGAGGAUGGAGAUGGACCUAAGAUGAAAUACAUACAUACAUACAUAUAGGCACACAUAUUAAUGAGAUACUUUGACUAUAUUAAUUUCCCUUCAGGUGUAAUGUUUAUACUAAGAAAUUAAAUGUAUACUGUAUGGUGACAGUCUUUUCCUCACCUGAUUCAUCACUCACAGUUGAGCCUGAGGAUGUGGACUGGCUCUGGGCUGAUUCUGUGCCUCCAAAGUAUUUUAACAAUGCUCCUGGGGAAGUUUCACAUAACUUAGGAGUUGAUGUAAAAAAUAAUGUUUCUUUUACCCACAUAAAUUACCGUGCUCUGCUGCAAACAAUUUGUGCAAACAACAUAUCUCACUAGUAACCUGAUGCUAAAAACAUAUUGCUAGCACCGUGCUAGCUAGCUAACGUCACCUAGCUAAAGCUAAUUACAGCUACAAAUCUCUUUGAUAAACUUUUUAUUACCAAGUCAUGCAAACAUACCUUUAUCAUGGCAUUUUUUCUCCUCUUCCACUUUCUUCUUCUUCCUUUUUUCUGCACCUGAAGGAUAUGUCCUUUUUUGUGACAUUGUUUUGCCUCUAUCUGCGCUUUUGAUGCCCAGUGCGCACUGGCAUUGCACGGCAGGCGGCAAACGUCACAGGUGCAGCAGAGGCAGCUUUACAUUUAAAGAGAGGCAGGAAGAAUCACUAGGCCUAUAUCAGCAGCAGCACUCUGUUGACCUAAAACUGUGUUUUUGUACAAUAAUAUAUCUUUGAUCAUUUAGAAAUCAUCAAUCAGACUCGUACAUGCAAAAAAUAAAAAAUAAGAAUUUUUUGUUAAUUGCUUUUGGGGGCCCCCUGGUGGCCACGGGGCCCUAAGCAAACGCUUAGUACGCGUAUGCCUUGGACCGGCUCUGUAGUAGACUUUGCAUACAGUUCCAAAUCCAGGACGUUAGGUUGUAGUAAUGUACACACUACGGUGUGUGUUGUCUAGCCAAGAAGUAGUCUUUGCCAUAAGGCUGAAUCAAUCCAAUCUAAUCCACUUUAUUUAUAUAGCACAUUUAAUGUCUUCUUAUGUUGUGCAAUGCAAAGUGUUUCCUGUAAGUAUUGUACUUAUUAAACACAAGCUGUUUGAUUUUAACAUACUUCUUAAUCGCAGUUUUCAUUACCAAGUUCAGAGGUGUUGAAAUCGCCAUGUCAAAUGUGUAAUACUAAUCAGUUUCUAGUUUAGUCUUUAUUUGAAGGGACAAUGCACAGAAAUAUUAAGCUCAUAUACAUAUAUGUUCUGCACCAGAUUGUAGCUAAAUAGCUCAUUUCCAUCUGCAGUCCCUGGCUACUUAAAUUAUAGAGAUACAAAAAACAUGCAAUAAAAUUAUACUAUAGCAUGUAAUUGUGACACCCACAAAAAGUUGGUAUUGUGUAUUUUUAUAAUUUGUUUUGAUAAUAUUCAGGUGAAUAAUAUUUAAUGGUGACACUAGGAUACCAAUAGAUUGUUAAACAACAGCUAACUACUGACAGCAGGGGGCAGUGUAGGUCUGUUUCACCGUGGGAGUCUCCUGUACACUGACGUACUUCCGCCCAAACUUCACAAUCCAGUGGAAUUUGGGAGAGCGACAACACGUUUCAAUUUGUGAUCCUUGUGUCCAUACUGCAGGUUAGUAAUGACCUUAAAGCAGCUAUAUUUGAAACACAAAUAAUUGUGUGAUAAAGUGCAGUCACUGAGCUUUAGUUUGAUGUGAGGAUGAUGACGUUUGGUGUUCGUUUUGGGACAUUGUAAUGUAAUGCAAAGUGGGCUGCUGCAGUUUAUUUUUCUAUUAAUAUUUUUCUAAUCACUUCUGUAAAAGUGACAAGUGCAAUGAGCCUAAAUGUGUACAAUAUGAGUUCGUUUUUGUAUUAUAACUUUCUAUAUUGUUUAUUGGUCCAGUUCUGCCAAUGUUGUUAGCAUUAGCCACUGUCUGCUUUCUGUGUGCACUGUAGUGGUGCAGCUACUCACACGUGGGCUUUGCCAAAGCUAUGUAGUGAUACUACAAUGAUGCGGACACUGUAGUAACAGUAUUAUGCCGGAAAUGAAAAUGAGAGAUAUUGAUGAGGAGAACAAAUGAUGUAAAAUGAGAAUGGUGUUAUGUGUUAUGUAGUGUGAAUUUGAAUAAUGACAGAAUGAUUGUUAUAUUGAUUGUUAUUGUGAUAAUACAAAAAAUAUGAACGUUGAAAAGAC